AUGGAUGAACUAGCAAACCAUUGCAAAGGUUUAUCACUUUCGGACCGAGAAGGGCCUACCUUCGAUCUAGAGGAAGAGAUGGCCACGCUAGAAUUUAUCAUUGCAGCAAAAUUCUUCACAAGAAGAGCGCUGAAUAUGGAAGCUAUAGCCUCAACUUUUCAGCCUUUGUGGAGAUCAAAAACUGGUUUCAAAGUCAAGAAUAUGGGGAAUCACAUAGUCCUUUUUAUUUUUGACAACAAGCAUGAAGUUGAAACUAUUCUUGAGAACGAGCCUUGGAGCUUUGAUAAACACCUCAUGGUGUUGCAACGCUAUGAUAAGGAUACGCCAGUUGAAGAGUUAAAGUUCAAUUACACUUCCUUUUGGGUACAAGUACACGACAUUCCAGUUAGAUUUAUGAAUCAAAAGGUGGCCGCGGGGAUUUGUAGCCAAGUUGAUACGGUCAUCAAGAAGCCUGAAGCUGAAGGGGAGGGUGGAAGUUUUAUGAGGGUUCGGGUUAGAGUGGAUAUUACUAUUCCUUUGAGCCAAGGAAGAAGGGUGUCAGGGCAAGGCAAGGAAAUUUGUGUAUCUUUCAAGUAUGAGCGCCUACCAAAUAUCUGUUAUUGGUACGGAUGUCUCAACCAUGACGAUAGAGAUUGUUUGUUCAAGAAACCAAAUGGAGUUUCCUCCACUCCUCAGAAUUCGACCAAUCCAAGGAAACGUCAUGCUCAGUCCACGGUGGUUCAGCCACCACAGGAAAGUUUGGCUGAUGUGGAAUUUACUCAGACCAAGAAUUCAAUGUCUCCUUUAAGGGGAACGGUUACAAAGGGACACAUUUAUUCCCCACCCGUUGCUGAACAGCUACAGAAUAACUCUCCAAUAAACGAGGCAAGGAAUGAAUUUUCCUCCUUUUACAGUCCGAAUUCGGUGCAUAAUAAUGAGCCGAGUAAUUCUCCACCUGUUUCAGUGCAACAUGAUCCUUUCCUAUCCACACUUGCCGAGAUUGAUGAGGAUUUUUCCAAAUUAAAUGUCCGGUCAGCUCCUAAUAAUGAGGAUACAAGGAUACGGAAUUUAAGCCAUGCAAUUAAUGAGGAAUUAGAGGCGGCUAGGGUUUCUAACAAGGAAGUAGAGGCGGCUAGGGUUUUCCAUGCACAGGGUAUUAACGACAAGGAAGUUUCAGUUUUACAAACAAAAAGAUCUCAUGAGCAACUAUCCAAUCUCAAUGGUUUACCAAGUAAAAAACACAUGGUUUCCUUUGAGAUUAACUCUUCUACAAAGGCGGAGGCUGAUGAUCAACCCCGCCAAUCACAAUGA